CCGCUAAUUAAAAGUGAUGUACUUAGUGAUGUAAUGUUUUGAUGUUUGUACAUUAUUCGUUUUUACCAAAUGGAGGUUGUGAGAGAAAAACUAGAACAAAGCUUAAAAAAUAUAACUAAAUAUAAAUGGUUGUUGGAUACCUAUAUUCUGGACUUUUACCUGGACGACCAUUGGAGUAAACUUCCCAAGAACUGGCAGAAUGAUUUGGAAAAUAUUUCCCUGGAGAAUCUGGCAGAGCUGCUCCUGGACGAGGGUCUUGAUCACCAGGUGAAAUGGCCAGAGGAAUUAAUGGACCUGCAACAAGAGCUGAGAAAACUCUGCAUCAGCCGUGCGCCCAAAAACCAACCCAAAGACUCCUUUCCCUGCAUACUCUUAGAACAUCCCAAAAUGAAGCACAUGUUUCUGAAGCGGGUGAAACCGAAGAAGCAGCACGAAAUUACCAGGAUGGCGGAGAUUUGUGCCUUAAGUCAUCGAGAGACACCUGUUGACUUUAUUGUGGAUUUUGGAGCAGGUGUGGGUCAUCUAGCACGCAUUCUGGGCUAUGGAUAUGGACUGCGAGUCUGCUGCUUUGAAAUGCAGCCAGAUCUCAACCAGCAAGCAACGGAAAUCGAUUUGAAACUGGAGUUCAUGGCGGAGAAACACCUACCAUCAGAUGAAAUAAAACACUUCCGGCGACCAGUGCAUCUCACACAGCGUUUGGAGAGCGACACACAGCCGGAGCUAUUCCUCUCCAGCAUCCGGAAUGCCCUGGAGCUGAAAACAGACCAAUUUCGCUUUGGAAUCAUCGGCCUGCAUCCGUGUGGCAAUCUGGGACCUACAUUGAUGCGUAUGUUUCUCGGAUGCCCGCAGGCCAGGUUCCUAAACUUUGUGGGAUGUUGCUACCAGAAGAUGACCACCCAGGUCACGCAUCCACGGGAGAAAGUGCAUGGCUAUCCGCUAAGCAGGUUCCUUCAAGAUAAGCCCGAGUUCCAGUUGAGCUACGAGGCCCGCGAGGUCUCCUGCCAUGCCAUGGAGGUGUACCGUGAUCGCCUGCGUGCUGGGGACUACGAAUACCUCCGGAUACACUCAUUAAGGGCCGCCGCUGAGCGCAUCAUUGUCCAGCAGAUUCCAGAUCUUCGGCACUGUGCUCUGCGCAAUGUGAAGUACUCACACGGCAUGACUUUCCACCAAUAUUUCCAGAAAGCCGUUCAGGGAACUCGCUUUGAAGCUCUGGACAGUCGACUUCUGAGUAACCAGCAGACGGAAACAGACCUGGCAAACUGGCAGCGAAUAGUUUCUUUUUAUACCCUCCGACUAAUGAUGGCUCCGCUGGUAGAGAGCAUUAUUCUCUAUGACCGAUGCCUGUUUCUCACGGAAAAUGACUGUCAAGUCCAUAUAGAGGCCGUAUUUGAUCCCCGCCUCUCGCCCAGAAACCACAUCACCAGGGCUGUGAAACCCUAACUCUGAUAGGGUACAAUUACCCUAAACUGACCAUAAAUCCCACAGAAGUGACAUGCCUCGUCUCAUUCUUAUCGUUAAGUGCUUUGUGGUUAAACCUAAUGUUGCUCUUAUAUCAG